UCACGUUCGCGCAAUUUUCCCUUUAGUAUAAACACCUAACCUCAACUUUAGUCGAGUAAUUGAAACAGCAUUUUGCCAAUAUAUGUUUUGGUUGCGUGUACGAUCAAGGAUUCGACAUGCACGUGCAUCCGUCUAACUUAUCAUCGGUGUAAAUCGAGAGAAUAGCGUCGAAUUUCACCGCAACUACCAUAAAAGAUAUGAAGGCGAGGAACCAAAAAAAGCAGUCGUUAUGUCGUAAAAUUCGUUGGCAUUCGCUCGAGGAAGACAUCCUGCCGUCUUUGCAGCCGCUACCAACGCUGCCGUCGCUGUCGUUGCCGCCGCUGUUGCCGCCGCUGCUUUGCUGCUUCUCCUCCGUCUCGUCUCCUUUCGUUGGCGUUAGUUUGCAAUCGGCGUUGGCCACGGCAUUGGUUCAUUAGUCUACGUCGUCAGUUGGUAUCAGGAGACAUACCUACGACGAUGUUACCCAACAUACAAAGGAGCGCGGUGAUAUUCCUCCUCAUUAUCAUCGCAAGCUUUUUCCAGACUUUUGCUAAAUACAACACCUACCGCAUGCCCUUCAAGAAUGCCAAGUUACUUCACAAAGCAAGCCACAUGACCAGAAGUGACAUAAAUGCAUUAGCAUAUUUAACAAAUAUUCAUCAUAUUAAUAAUGUACUAAAGAACAUAUGUAUUGUUCGAGUUGUUGGAACACCAGGCCAUCUGAAAGUUAAAAAAUAUAUUAAAUCUACUUUAAAAAGCCUUAAUUGGAGCGUUGAAUCUGAUAUUUUUGAGGAUCGUACACCGGUAUUUGGAAAACUUAAAUUUGAAAACAUCAUUGCCAGAUUUAAUCCUAAAGCUAAGAGAUUCUUAGUAUUAGCUUGUCAUUAUGAUUCAAAAUAUGAAAAGAAGUUCAAGUUUGUUGGUGCUACUGAUAGUGCAGUACCUUGUACGCAGCUUAUCAAUUUAGCCAAGGUUAUGCAAAAUCAAUUAAACACUAUAAAAAAUGCCGAUUUAAGUUUAAUGCUUUUAUUUUUGGAUGGCGAGGAAGCAUUUAAAUCAUGGAGUGCCACAGAUUCUUUGUAUGGAGCUAGACAUUUAGCAAAUAAAUGGAAAAAAAACACAGAAACUUAUGCAGGUGAAAGCAUAUCAGACUUGGAUAAAAUUGAUUUAUUUGUACUUUUGGAUUUAAUUGGUGCACCCAAUCCAAUAUUUUACAAUUAUUUUAAAAAUACUGCAAGAUGGUUUGCACUGUUGUCAAGUACAGAAGAGAGAUUGGCUAAAGCAAGCCAUUUUGAAAAUUAUGAUUAUAAAAAUCCAAAUCGCAAAUAUUUUCAAAAUUAUACAAUUCAUCCUGAUAUACAAGAUGAUCACAUUCCAUUUUUAGAAAAAAAUGUUUCAGUUUUGCAUUUGAUUCCAUAUCCAUUUCCAGACAUUUGGCACUCAGCUGAGGAUAACAGAGAUGCUUUAAGCAUCUCUACGAUUGAAAAUAUAAACAAAAUUCUGAGGGUAUUUGUUGCAUCAUACUUAAACAUAAAUGUGUGAGUAGAUUCCUUUAGCUCUGUUGUUCCCAUAUAAUAUAA